AACAAAAUGUCGGACUGCGACUUUAGCUAGCACGCUAAUGCGAGUCGGCGAAACGGGGAGAAAUCCUGUUAUAUUUAUUUUAGCGAACGGAGGAGAAUCUGGAUUAGAGGGUUUAUACCCUGGGACGUUUCUUCUCGAGGAGUAGAGAAGGACACGCUGCAGCCAUGGGGAGACGCUCCACUUCUUCCACCAAGAGUGGAAAGUUUAUGAACCCCACUGACCAAGCCAGGAAGGAGGCUCGGAAGAGGGAACUUAAAAAAAAUAAAAAGCAGAGGAUGAUGGUAAGAGCAGCUGUGUUGAAAAUGAAAGACCCCAGACAAAUCAUCCGAGACAUGGAGAAACUGGAUGAGAUGGAGUUCAACCCAGUGCAGAUGCCUCUGCUGAACGAGAAGGUGCUGCGGGACAAGCGCAAAAAACUGCGAGAGACAUUUGAGCGGAUCGUGCGCCUGUAUGAGCGGGAGAACCCCGAAACCUACAAAGAGUUGCGUAAGCUGGAGAUGGAAUACGAGACCAAGCGAGGCCAACUCUCCCUAUACUUUGACUCAGUCAAGAAUGCAGAACUGGUGGAGGUAGACAGUAUCCCUCUUCCUGAAAUGCCUCAUGCCCCCUCCAGCAUUCAUAUCCAGGACAUCCCUCUUCCUGGGGCGCAGCCCCCUUCCAUAUUGAAGAAGGGAAGCUCAUUUGGUAAGGGGCAGUAUAUAUCAGCCUCUGCCCCUACAGCAGCCUCACUGGCUGGUGUCCCUCGACUGCCCCCUGGCAAGAAGCCUCCGGGGCCCCCACCUGGACCGCCUCCCCCCCAGGUAUUGCAGAUGUACUCUCGCAGAGGCCAGCACUACCGAAGAGAUGCAGAUUACAGUGCUGACACAGAGCUCAUUAACCACACCUCUGACAGUGAGGCACCGAUGGAGAUGCUGCCAAUGGGUAGUGGAGGGAGAGAAAGUGGGAGUGACAGCGAAGGGGAGGGCGAGGAAGACAACGAAGAGGGUAGUGACUCUGAGGACAACAGUGAGGCGGAAAGGGAAGAAGGAGUCGGAGAAGAGAGGAGGCACAUGUCCAUGAUGGGAGACCGGCCAGAGAUGGAGCGAGACAGGGACAGGGGAGACGAGAGGGAUGUCAUGCCCGAGAAACAUACAGGACGCAGUGUGCGGUUUGCAGACAUGCCAUCCCCAACUCACAAGGAGAGGAGGAAGAAGACUGUGAAGAAGACUGUGAAGAAGAACAAAACUAUCACCCCGCUGCAGGCCAUGAUGCUGAGGAUGGCAGGCCAGUCUGUUCCAGAGGAGGAGGAGGAGGAGGAGGAAGAGGAAGAAGAGGAAGAUGAUGAGGACUACACAGACCUGUCAGAUGACUCAGAAUCCGAUGAAAGGGCAGCACCUGACAGCCAGUCUGCCCCUGCACUGAGCACUCCUCAAGGGCCUCCACCAUCAAUGCCAGUGGGCACCCAGCAGCCUGUCCCCCACAUGCAGGCUCCGCCUAUUACUGGCCCCCCUCCUCUAGGGCCACCUCCUGUACCACCGAUGAGACCGCCCGGUCCACCCACAGGCCCACCCCCAGGCCCCCCUCCUGGAGCACCGCCUUUCCUUAGGCCCCCAGGAAUGCCAGCUGGCCUCAGAGCACCAAUGCCUCGCUUGCUUCCACCUGGUCCUCCACCAGGUCGACCACCUGGCCCGCCACCUGGUCCUCCUCCUGGCCUACCCCCUGGCCCCCCACCAAGAGGACCCCCACCUCGUCUGCCUCCUCCAGCACCCCCAGGCAUUCCUCCUCCACCACCACGUGCAGGUCCCCCACGACCCUUGGCUCCACCGCUCUCCCUUUUCCCUCCACCGGUUAACCCCAAUGUCCUGAGCGCCCCGCCCAGCAUUGUCCAUCGGCAGAAACCCACUGGCAACCCUGAUGGCACACAAAACAACCCCAGUGCACCCUCCCUGCCGCCACCUCCUUCUCUGCCCCUCACUCUGCGCCCAGGAGUCAUGCAAUUACCCCCUCCACCAGGCACCAGUGCCCCACCCUCCAGUGCUAAUCCCAGCCACCACCAUGCCCCAACAAUCGAGAAACGGGCGAACAUCACUUCCAUCUCUGCUGCUGGUGCUACUGGCCUGACCGCUGGUUCUGCUACUGCUGGCGCAACCAUCUCGGCCAAGCCACAGAUCAUUAAUCCCAAGACAGAGGUCACACGCUUCGUCCCCACCGCGCUGAGAGUGCGCAGAGAGAAGAGUGGGCCAUCGGGUGCGUUAGCUUCUGCAGAGAAAGCUGGGCGGAAAGGAGAGGAAGGGCUCGGUGGCCCUGGGCUCAAGCAGCAGCAGCAGGGUCUUAUGGUGCCUGCUGGUGCUGCUGGCCAAGCAGGCUCUGGGGCUGGAACUGUGUCUCAGCCCAGCAUGCAGACAAAGGACCAGGUCUAUGAAGCCUUCAUGAGGGAGAUGGAGGGUCUCCUCUGAGCGACGCAGUUGCACGAAAAGGGCGUCGGGCACAAAGGGCAAGGAAUGUUUGUGGGACUCACUGCUGAGUGUGAAUGGAAUCUGUUGAGUGGGACAUGUGGUGUGAGAAGCUCUCCCUGGGCUUCAGGUGCCUCGUGAUUUUAUCAUUGUUAGCUUCUUCUUUAGACCUUCUUCAGUUUUACUAGAGACCCUUUACCCCCAGAAAUUGGCAUGACCAUCUUUAGCAGAAGGGUGAUAACAGCUGAAAUCUCUGUAGAUGGAGGUGUGGCAGCAUGAGGGUGGAUCUUGGAAUUAUGACCAUAUUACCGUAGCAAUGCAAAACAACCAAACCUUUCAUCCUGGAAAGUCUUGUAAAGAAUCUAAAAAUCGUGUAAUGAGUUGAGGAGUACGGCUGUCUUAGAUGUCGGAAUAUUUGGUUUUAUAUUAAUUCAUUUGUAAUGUCACCAGAUAAAUCUGGAUGAGUGCCCAUGAAGGCAGUGGAUGUUUCAUAAGCAGGUGAGCAGAUGCAAUGCUUGUUCAAUUGUCUGCUGAUAAAAUAAAACAAAAUUCAACAUUGUCA